AUGAGUAAAAUGUCGCCGGCAAAACUUCCCGUCGCCGUUUUGCAUCUAACAAGAAAACAGCGCAAGCGUUUCAAACGGAAAGUGAAAAUCAAGGCCAAAAGGGUUGCGCAAAAGAAGAAGAAGAAGACGAGCCUGGAGGAGAGAGAAAACGUUACCCCUCUCGUGAAGAAGUACUGGCUCCAAAGGUACAAUCUUUUCUCCAGAUACGACGAGGGCGUCAAGCUGGAUGAAGAGGGCUGGUUCUCCGUCACGCCGGAGGAAAUCGCCGCUGGCCAGGCCCGCCGGUGCGUCGGCGCCGGCGUCGUCAUUGACGCAUUCGCCGGCGUUGGGGGAAACGCCAUUCAGUUCGCCAAAGUGUGCCGUCGUGUUGUUGCUGUUGAAAUAGACCCGAACAAGGUGGCUCUCGCGAUUCAUAAUGCUAAGAUUUAUGGUGUACGAGAUAAUAUUGAUUUCAUCGUUGGGGAUUUCUUCCAGCUUGCACCUUCUUUGGAGGGGGAUGUGAUAUUUCUUUCACCACCUUGGGGAGGCCCAUCAUACAAGGCAAAAGAAACGUUUACUCUCGACUUGUUGAAGCCAAAAGAUGGAUAUUCCCUGUUUCAAGUUGCUCAGGCUAUAACACCUAACAUCAUCAUGUACUUGCCUCGUAACACUGAUGUGCUUCAAGCAAGAGAACUUUCAUGGCUGUCAUCUCCUCCAUUGAAUAUUGAGAUAGAAGAGAAUUUCGUGAGGGGCAGAUCAAAGGGAAUAACCGUGACCCCGAAACCCCCAAUUCUCAAGGCGAUUCCCGUAACCAUCAUCGGCGUCCAUCUCUCUUCCGCCGAGAUCGCCGUCGGUGAUCGCCAGAAGCUCUCCAUCAACUUCGAAGUCAGGCUCGGGCCGGGCCCGCUCUUAAGUUUAGCUACAGAUUUUUCCGUUCGGAGGUCGGUGGGGACGGAGGAGAAGAAUAGAAGGAAGGAGACAGGGAUGGCGAAGACCGAUUGCAAUUUGGAAAAUGGGGUUGCCACCUUGCCGGAGAAAAAUCGUCAGAGCUGGAACAUCUUUGUUUACAUGAUGGGAUUUUGCAUAUGCCCGUUGGAUAGCUAA